GGCGAUAGUUCUUGAGUUUAAGUAACGACGCUUAAACAAUUACUUUUUCCCGAAGAUGGGCGCUUAUUUAGCAAAACCCGAAACCAAAAAGACAUCUUACGAUAAAAAUAAUGAUGUUGUAAAGGUUGGCGUGUCAGAAAUGCAAGGAUGGCGUGUGUCGAUGGAGGAUGCUCAUUCUUGUACGUUGGACUACGAUGAUAAUCUGUCUUUGUUCGCCGUGUUUGAUGGACAUGGAGGGGCUGAAGUUUCAACAUAUGCUGCAGAAAACCUUCCACAGUUUUUAAAGACCAUGGAUGAAUACAAAAAUGGCAAUCUUAAGGAUUGCCUUCUUAAUGGAUUUCUUCAGUUUGAUGAAAAACUUAUCUCCGACGAGGUUCUUGAUAAACUCCGUGAAAUGGCUGGUAUGAAUGAAAGCAAUCCAAAUGACAGCGAGAUCUGUGCAUUGCGCGAUGAAGCAGAAAUACCCAUUGAGGAAUUAAAGGCAAAACUACAACAGGGAGGUUACAGUGUCACAAAUAUUGAUGAUGUUGAAGAUGAUGAUGAAGAGUAUAAACCUGAAAUUGAUGAAAAUGCAGAAUGUUCAAGUGUUGGUAAAGAUGAAGAAAAAGGCAAAGAAAUUGAGAAGAAAGCUGCAAAAAAAUCAGUGAAAGUUUCACAGGAGAAAAUUGAAAAGGAAUCAACAGUAAAUGGCGAGAGUAAAGAUGAUGUUGAAAAUGGUGCUGAUGAUCAGGAUGAAGAAGAGGAGGAGGAUGAUGAUGAUGAGGAAAAUAGCGAUGAAAAUGAGAAUGAUGACGAUGAAGAUGAAGAGGAGAACCAGUGUCAUGAUGGUGACGAGGUUGGUUAUGACAGCGGUACGACUGCCAUUGUUGCUUUACUGAACAAGAACAAACUUAUCGUGGCGAAUGUAGGGGACUCCAGGUGUGUUCUGUGUCGUAAUGGGAUUGCUAUUGAUAUGUCUGUGGACCACAAACCCGACGAUGAGAAGGAAUUGAAGAGGAUACAAAAUGCCGGCGGGAAAGUUACGGCUGAAGGAAGAGUAAACGGUGGUUUGAAUCUUUCUAGAGCUUUUGGUGAUCAUAGGUAUAAAGGUAAAGCUGAUCUUGGUCCAGAUGAACAACAGAUUACGGCAUUUCCUGAUGUCAAAGAAACGGAAAUUAGCGACGCAGACAAGUUUAUGGUUUUGGCUUGUGACGGAAUUUGGAAUGUCUUAACCAGUCAGGAGGUUGUGGAUUUUGUUUCUGAAAGACUGGAGGCUCAAAGUGACUCGGAAAACGUAUCAUUAUCGGCAAUUUGUGAAGAGUUGCUGGACAGUUGUUUGGCAAGCGAUACUUCAGGAGAUGGGACCGGUUGUGAUAACAUGACUGCGAUUAUCGUGCUGCUGUCUGACGCUAAGAACUUUAUUCACAAGGGGAAACGAAAAGCCGAGCAUGCGUCGGAGACUUCCGAAGUAAAGAAAUUGAAAAGCGAGUAGUGCGCGGUAAGCCAUAUCAGUAAACGUUAGGUGUUCUAUUUUUUUAAUAACAGUUUGAGCGAUGCGAAGUCCUUAAGAUCGCGUUAUUUUCACGGCAACGUCAAGUGUUGUUUCGUACUUUUGCUAUUUUACAUCGCUCAAAAGGUUCUCCGUGAAGAGAAAAGUGGGAAUUGAGUUUUGUGAAAGGUACGUCAAUUCGUAUCUUUUGACCCAGUGCCAUAUUAUGAGCUUGCCACAACUGAACAUUCGGAAUGUAUUCGACCACGCAUGCGUGUUAUCAAAAGCGCCGCUAAUUUUAAAAAUGUCGGUUGUCUUACUCAAGUUUUUUUGAGUGGGAGGCAAAAAAAAUUUGAAGGAUGGAAGUCAGUAACAAUGAACAAUAACUACGUAAUCAUUUUUCCUACCAUCUUUGAUUUGAUUUGUGGGACAACAUUCGAUAAUGAUUGACAGACUUUGAUUGUCUAUAAUUAUCUAUGAUUAUCUAUGAUUAUCGAUUAGUCUUCAAUCUUGUCAUCACUGAUGCGCUCAUAACACUGGAAUCAUUACUCCAGUUAGCACAUGAAUAGAUGCAAUGAUCAGGUUUGGUUAUUGAAUUAUGUGUGCAGUCGAUUAAUAUGGGAACUCAGACAACACUAUACAAAAUCUCGAAUCGAGAUCUCAAAUAUUACACUUCAAGUAAUAGCGCAUCUUGCCUUUCAGACAUCACUGUACAAAAUAUGUUAAAUACAAAGCUUUUCACAAUUGGUAAAUCUGUGCAUAUCUUAAACAUGUUAAAAAUGUACUAA